AUGCCGAACCCAGGCGGGCUGGCUCAGUAAAGCGGAGGCAGCGGGGGAAGAUGGCGGCGGCCGUUCCACAGCGGGCCUGGACCGUGGAGCAGCUGCGCAGCGAGCAGCUCCCUAAGAAGGACAUUAUCAAGUUUCUGCAGGAUCACGGUUCAGAUUCGUUUCUUGCAGAACAUAAGUUAUUAGGAAACAUUAAAAAUGUGGCCAAGACAGCUAACAAGGACCAUUUGGUUACAGCCUAUAACCAUCUUUUUGAAAGUAAGCGUUUCAAGGGUACUGAAAGUAUAAGCAAAGUGUCUGAGCAGGUGAAAAAUGUGAAGCUUAAUGAAGAUAAACCCAAAGAAACCAAGUCUGAAGAGACUCUGGAUGAGGGUCCACCAAAAUAUACAAAAUCUGUUCUUAAAAAAGGAGAUAAAACCAACUUUCCCAAAAAGGGAGAUAUUGUUCACUGCUGGUAUACAGGAACACUACAGGAUGGGACUGUUUUUGAUACUAAUAUUCAAACGAGUUCGAAGAAGAAGAAAAAUGCCAAGCCUUUAAGUUUUAAGGUUGGGAUAGGCAAAGUUAUCAGAGGAUGGGAUGAAGCACUCUUGACUAUGAGUAAAGGAGAAAAGGCUCGACUGGAGAUUGAACCAGAAUGGGCUUAUGGAAAGAAAGGACAGCCUGAUGCUAAAAUUCCACCAAAUGCAAAACUUAUUUUUGAAGUGGAAUUAGUGGAUAUUGACUGAAAUAGUAAAGGCAUCAGCAACAAUAAAACACAGCCUUGAAGAAACUUAGGUGUCUCAUUAGAACUGGUUACUAUUUUAAGGGAAGAGUCAACUGGAAAAUUCAAGAAGUUAAGUUAGAACUUGUUUACUUGAUCCCCAACUUCUAAGAAAUGUAAUCCAUUAUAAAUCCUUGAAGUUUAAAAUAUUUUACUACAGCUGUGUAGAAUAUCACUUAAAGAGAACUGACUUGCCUUUUACCUCAUGUUGUAAACUAAAAGGCUCAAUAAAAAUUUAUCCUAUGUCUUGA